UCCGCACCCUGCGCGCGGCGCCCGGCGGAGGAAGAAGCAGGCGGCAAGGGCGCCGCCCCAAGCCGCGUGGAGCGACUUCGUCUCUCCGGCGUGAACCUCCCGAGCGAGACGGCCUGGACCCCGCGACCGUCGCGCCAGCUGGGCACCGCAGGCGCCCCAUUUCCCGGCCUCUCUUCGGAGCUGGCAGUCUGCACCCCCAAUCCCUAGCCUAAUCCCCCUCAACACCACGGCGCCACCAACCCCGGUGCCUCGCGCAGGUGGCGCAAACGCCCCCGCCCUCGGGCGCCCCCUGCCGGGAAGAGGGAAAGCGGCGGCGGGCGCGGAGGAGCCGGGCGCAGGGCGGCGAGAGAGCUUCCGCGCCGGGAAGAAGCCGGGAGCUUCCCUGAUGGUGCCGCCGCCUCCGAGCCGGGGAGGAGCGGCGAGGGGGCAGCUGGGCAAGAGCCUGGGUCCGCUUCUGCUGCUCCUGGCCCUGGGACACACGUGGAGCUACCGAGAGGAGCCCGAGAACGGCGACAGAGAAAUUUGCUCGGAAAACAAAAUCGUCACGACCACAUACCCGUGUCUGAAGCCUUCAGGCGAGCUCACGACGUGCUUCAGGCGGAAGUGCUGCAAAGGGUAUAAAUUUGUCCUUGGACAAUGCAUCCCAGAAGAUUAUGAUGUAUGUGCUGAGGCUCCCUGUGAACAGCAGUGCACAGAUAACUUCGGCCGAGUGCUGUGUACUUGUUACCCAGGAUACCGAUAUGACCGGGAGAGGCACCGGAGGCGGGAGAAGCCGUACUGUCUGGAUAUCGACGAGUGUGCCACCAGCAACGAGACGCUGUGUGCGCACAUCUGCAUCAACACCUUGGGCAGCUACCGCUGUGAGUGCCGGGAGGGCUACAUCCAGGAGGAUGAUGGGAGGACGUGCACCAAGGGAGACAAAUACCCCAACGACACUGGGCACGAUGAGAAGGUGGAGAACGCGGUGAGAGCCGGCACCUGCUGCGCCACGUGCAAGGAGUUUCACCAGAUGAAGGAGACGGUGCUGCAGCUGAAGCAGAAGAUUGCCCUGCUACCCAACAGCGCUGCGGGCCUGGGCAAGUACAUCACUGGUGACAAGGUGCUGGCCUCAAAUGCCUACAUUCCAGGACCUCCUGGCCUGCCUGGGGGCCAGGGCCCCCCCGGCUCACCAGGACCAAAGGGGAGCCCAGGCUUCCCGGGUAUUCCAGGCCCCCCCGGGCAGCCCGGCCCGCGGGGCUCAAUGGGACCCAUGGGACCGUCUCCUGAUCUGUCCCACAUUAAGCAAGGCCGGAGGGGCCCCGUGGGCCCACCAGGUGCCCCAGGAAGAGAUGGUUCUAAGGGGGAAAGAGGAGCACCUGGCCCCAGAGGGUCUCCAGGACCCCCUGGUUCUUUCGACUUCCUGUUGCUCAUGCUGGCGGACAUCCGCAACGACAUCACCGAGCUGCAGGAAAAGGUGUUCGGGCACCGGACUGACUCUUCAGCAGAGGAGUUCCCGUUACCUCAGGAAUUUUCCAGCUCUCCAGAGACCAUGGACUUCGGCUCUGGAGAUGACAACCCCAAAAGAACUGAGACAAGAGACUUGGGAACCCACAGAGACUUCUAUCCUUAGCACACGCCGACAUCUUCACGCCAAAGGAAGAGCGUGUUCGCCUGCAGUGGAAUCAUCCAGAGAACAGAACAGGCCACCACUGGAGACCUAGAAAAGAUAACGUUCUUUUUUUCUUUUUUUUAAACUCUUUUCCUUUCUUCUCCGUACUUCCCUUAUCCCAAACACUAUUUUCAGGCUAGACAUACUAAAGACAAGAGGGAGGAAAUGAUGGAUUUACUUGCUUCCCCUGGAGAAUCUGCAGUGGAACUUUUCUUUGACUUCCUUAUUUUCCAGGGACUUCUGAUUUCGGAAUCAGGUACUCUCACAGUGUCUUAAAAUUUGGCAGACUAUCAAAAAGGGGGGAAUGGCAAGGUGAGUUCUAAGAAAAUGUGAGUUUACUUAUUAAAAAUAAUAGAUACGUGUCCAAAAUAGACUAUUACACCUCAGUGUCAAAGUUAAAUCAAAUUAAAUGAAUUAAAUCAAAUUAAUUAAGUCAAAUCAAAAUUUUCAGUGAAAAGGGGGAGAUGACAAUGUAUAUUUAUCUUGGUGGAUAAUUCUUUUUCCUUGUCAAUCUAACAGAUUUAAAAUAUUCUGUCCUCUUACCCAACCUUGUUUCCUAAGUUUGAUUAAGGAAAGGAGAGAAGGAGUGGAGAUUAGAAAAUACAGAGAAAAGUUACAGUCCCAUAUUGACUGUCCUAUAAGCUGCCACAUACUAACACUCAAGAUGUGACAGUUAAGGGUUCAUACCACGCUUGUCUAUAACAAUCCUGUUUGAAGAAGAAAAUUACUGUAGCUGUAGGAAUAAAUUCCAUCUUCAAGACAAAAAGUAAGUGAAUGCAGUGCCCUGGUUCACGUUAGCACAGCGGGCUCCUGGUUUGCCAGGACGAUUUAAAGCUAUCUGAUCGAAUGAGUGAGCUUGCUUAGAUUAUUUGUUAAACAAAGGUAACUGACCCUCAGGGAGAGGUGCUGAAUUCCCUGGCUGUGACCGGGUGCCCGCCAGGUGCCAUUAGGCUGUGAUCCAGGUUGAGUCGGUGUUCAGUGGUGCUCAGGCUGGAAGAGGCUGCCUGCUCGGGUUGUUGGCCAUGGGGCAGAAGACCCUUGGGCAGGGGACCUGCUGCGUCACAGAGGCAGGUAAAUUUGCUGUCUGUAGGAAUUAGAAGCCCUUGUCAGGGGCCAGCCAAGCUUGCCAGCGUGUUGAGACUAACACAUGAUUGAAAGGUCUCUUGGAUGAGGGAGGGGCAAAACAACAGUUUUCCUCGUUUGCUAAAAACUUCCUCCCGGCUUUUCCUUAAUUUUCCAUAAUUUAGUCCUAGUUGCAGGUCUUCUUGAUUUCCCUUCCUCGGCAAACACAGGAAGCAGCUGGCAAAGUAUAUUCCCAAACCUCCCCUGGAGUCAGUGCUUGCUCUUACACUUCUGGGUCCCAGAAGGACACACAUUCCGGAAAAGGCUUUUUUCUCUGGAACCACAGGAGCACGAGUGCUCAGGGGAGGGGCAGGAACAUCUGCCACUUUGUAAUAUUGUUGGGGAACCUCUUGGUUUUAAUGGGCAGCUUACAGGCUCCUUCAGGUUCACUUUGUGGCUUUGUCGUUUGACACCCAGAAUGACGUUUCAUCGACCUGUUCAGGAGACCUUUGCACUUAUAUUAAGCUUCACAAAGGACCACUGUUACAACUUUUCUUUGCUCAUGUUCCCAUUUCCCACCCUGCAGUGUCCCCAUGACUUUCUGGGCGGUUUGUGUUUAGUUUUCUUUUUCCAUCUCCUUUUAGCCUACAUCAUUUCACUCUCCUGGGAGAGCUUGUUUAAAGACAGCCACCGUGGCUGUUUAUAUUGCCACUUUUCAAUCUUUCUUCAGAACAAUAGGAAGGGCUUGUGUUUGCAAAUCUCAAGUGACACCAGCCUUCCUUCUCUCCUCCCCAUCCUGUUAGAGACACAGGGCUCCAGUCAGCCAGCCGGUGGCUGAGUUUUUCACCAACACUUGACUCCGCUGUUUCUUACUCACGCAAAGUCACCUGGUAUAUAUAUUUAACGUUUGCCUGCUUGUGGGACGCGGUACUUAAAGUGUGUGGAUGGAUGAAUGCUAAAAAAAAAAAAAAAAAUCAUGCACAGGCUCUAUGAGAAAUGAUGAGGUUCAUCUUUGAUUUUUUUUUAAUGAAGAAUUUAAUUACCUUUUUAACCAUGAACUGUAUGUAGAAAUAGAAUUUUCUUCUCUGUUGUUGGGUACUCAUAAAAUGCAACGAAAUUGCGUGUUUAGCCAGAGGCUAGAGUAAUAUAUGAACAGAAUGAAUGGAAGGUGGUAAUAUCUGGGAUUUGUGAGACGAUUCUGGAUAAGAUUUUCUAACAAAACACACAGUAACCUGUAUUUUAUCAUCUCAGUCUGCUGGAUCAGGUCAACUUAUACAAUAAUUAUUUAUCCUCAGGUUUUCAAAACUUGGACUGCUACCAUAGGACUAAAUAUGUACUCUGUAUUCCCAAAUUAUAUUUUUCAAAGAUAA